AUGCCGGUUGCCCUCAGCCCGGCGGCCGUCCCAGGCCUGCAGGAGGCGCUGGAGAACGCGGGGCGCAUCAUCGACCGGCAGAUCCAAGAUGACCGCUGCUACCCGGACCUCUCCGAGUUGCUGUCGGUGCCGGCGCCCGGUAGCCCCUCAGUUUCUGGAAUGUCAGAUAUGGAUUAUCCGUUACAGGGACCUGGUCUUCUUUUGAUUCCCAGUCUUCCAGAAAUAAGCUCAAUUCGAAGAGUUCCUUUACCCCCUGAACUGGUUGAGCAAUUUGGACAUAUGCAAUGCAAUUGUAUGAUGGGAGUUUUUCCUGAGAUUAGUAGAGCGUGGCUGACCAUUGACAGUGACAUUUUUAUGUGGAACUAUGAAGAUGGAGGGGACCUGGCUUAUUUUGAUGGUCUCAGCGAAACGAUUCUCGCUGUGGGCCUCGUGAAACCAAAAGCAGGUAUCUUUCAGCCACAUAUACGGCACCUGCUGGUUUUGGCUACUCCUGUGGAUAUAGUAAUUCUAGGACUCAGUUAUGCUACCUUGCAAGCAGGUUCUGGUUCCCUCAAUGAUAGUAUGUCCGGUGGAAUGCAGCUUCUUCCAGAUCCCCUGUACUCACUACCUACUGAUAACACCUAUCUACUGGCUAUAACCUCUACUGAAAAUGGGCGUAUAUUUUUGGCUGGCAAAGAUGGUUGUUUGUACGAAGUCGCUUACCAGGCUGAGGCAGGCUGGUUCAGCCAGCGUUGUAGGAAGAUCAAUCAUUCAAAAAGCACCCUUUCUUUCCUUGUUCCAUCGUUGCUUCAGUUCACGUUCUCAGAAGAUGAUCCCAUUGUUCAAAUUGCCAUUGACAACUCCCGAAAUAUCUUAUACACACGUUCUGAGAAAGGUGUGAUACAGGUUUAUGAUUUAGGUCCAGAUGGUCAAGGGAUGAUGAGGAUUGCUUCUGUUUCCCAGAAUGCUAUUGUGUCUGCAGCUGGAAAAAUUGCCAGGACAAUAGACCGUUCUGUGUUUAAGCCUAUUGUUCAGAUAGCAGUGAUUGAAAAUUCUGAAUCUAUAGAUUGCCAGUUAUUGGCAAUUACUCAUGCAGGUGUACGAAUGUAUUUUAGUGUAUCCCCAUUUAGGCAUCCUUUUGCUCGUCCUUCAACGUUAACGUUGAUUCACAUCCGCCUGCCCCCAGGAUUUUCUGCUGCUUCUAAUGUGGAAAAGCCAUCUAAAGUGCAUCGAGCUCUUUAUAGCAAAGGUGUUCUGCUAAUGGCUGCUUCAGAAAAUGAGGAUAAUGAUAUCCUGUGGUGUAUUAAUCAUGAUUCGUUCCCUUUCCAGAAGCCAAUGAUGGAAACACAGACAAAGACACCUGUUGAUGGACAUUCUUGGGCUCUUUCGGCAAUAGAUGAACAGAAAGUUCAGAGGAUUAUAACACCUUUAAAUAAAGAUCUAAUUCCGAUAACUGACUAUCCUGUAGUUGUGCAGCAACAUACGUUACCACCAAAGAAAUUUGUACUCCUUUCGGCACAGGGGAGUUUUAUGUUUCAUAAACUUAGGCCAGUAGAUCAGCUGCGGCAUCUUUUUGUGUGCAAUGCAGGAGGCGAUGGAGAAGAUAUUGAAAGAUUUUUCAAAUUGCAUCCGGAAGAGCAGGCUUGUGCGACUUGCCUAAUCCUUGCCUGCUCUGCUGCUGCUUGUGACCGAGAAGUAUCAGGAUGGGCUACUCGAGCAUUUUUCAGAUAUGGUGGUGAAGCACAGAUGCGGUUUCCGUCUCUCAUGCCUCCUCCAAGUAAUGUAGGAUCUGUAUUGGGCUCUCCUGUUUUACCUGGUUCCCCUAUGCAUGCUGGAAGCCCUUACCCUAAUCCAAGCUUUUUGGCAACACCAGCACAAGGUUUACAGCCUCCUGCUAUGUCAACUCCAGUAUUUGCUUCAGGCAGUUACAUGCCUCAGCAUGGUGCUUCGGUUAGUGGCAUGAUGUGUCCUGAGAUAGUAUUUUCUGGAAAGCACAAUGGCAUCUGCUUAUAUUUCUCUCGAAUUAUAGGAAACAUUUGGGAUGGAAGUAUAGUGGUGGAGAGAGUUUUCAAGAGUGGCAAUCGAGAAGUUGUAGCUGUCGAAAGCAGUGUUCCUCCACAAGUUUUAGAAUCUGUACUACAAGAAUUAAAAGGCCUACAGGAUUUUUUGGAUAGGAAUUCGCAGUUUGGAGUAGGAUCUCUUAGAAAUCACAGUUUCACCACUCCAGCUAGUUUGCAGCAACGGUUACUUGGAGUCAUGAAGUCCGAUGGUGGAAGUUCUCAGCAAAUGCAACAAGAGCUCCAGAGGAAGUUUCAUGCAGAGGCACAAUUAACUGAGAAAGCCUCCCUACAAGGCAUCCAGCAGCUUGUUCGUAAAACCUGCCAGGCUUUGGCAUUGUGGAAGCUUCUUUGCGAGCAUCAAUUCAAUGUUGUUGUUGGUGAGCUUCAGAAGGAAUUUCAAGAUCAUCUAAAGGUUACUACUUUCAGAGACUUGGUGAUUAGAGACAAAGAGCUAACUGGGGCCCUCAUUGCUUCCCUCAUCAACUGUUACAUCAGAGAUCAUGCCGCGGUUGAUGGCAUCAGUUCCCAUUUACAAGACAUCUGUCCGCUGCUCUACAGCACAGAUGAUGCUAUCUGUUCCAAGGCAAAUGAAUUACUUCAGAGGUCCCGACAAGUUCAGAACAAAUCUGAAAAGGAGAAGAUGCUAAGAGAGUCACUGAAAGAAUAUCAAAAGAUUAGCACACAGGUGGACCUUGCAAACGUUUGUAUACAAUAUAGGCAAGUGCGUUUCUAUGAGGGUGUGGUAGAACUUUCUCUCACUGCUGCAGAGAAAAAGGAUCCCCAGGGUCUUGGACUCCAUUAUUACAAAAAUGCAGAACCGGAAGAAGAUGUUACUGGGUGUCAAGCUUUCCAAGAGAGAUUAAACAGCUAUAAGUGCAUCACGGACACUCUUCAGGAGCUAGUCAAUCAAAGUAAAGCUGCUCCUCAGUCUCCCAGCGUGCCCAAAAAACCCGGUCCUCCUGUGUUGUCCUCUGAUCCCAAUAUGCUGAGCAAUGAAGAAGCAGGACUUCAUUUUGAACACAUGCUUAAAUUGGCUCAGCGUUCCACAGAUGAACUUUUUAGCAUUGCUCUUUACAACUGGUUGGUCCAAGCUGAUCUCUCAGAUAAACUGCUUCAGAUAAACUCUCCCUUUUUGGAACCAUAUCUGGCACGUAUGGCCAAAGUCGAUCAAAACAAAGUUCGUUACAUGGAUCUGCUGUGGAGGUUUUUUGAGAAAAAUAGAAGUUUUAGUAAUGCAGCCAGAGUGCUAGCAAAAUUAGCAGACAUGCACAGCACUGAGAUUUCACUUCAGCAACGUCUUGAAUAUAUUGCACGUGCCAUUUUGAGUGCCAAGAGUUCCACAGCCAUAUCACCAAUAGCUGCAGAUGGUGAAUUUUUACAUGAACUGGAAGAGAAAAUGGAAGUUGCGAGGAUACAGUUUCAAAUACAGGAAGCAUUACACCAUCAGUGUUCCCAUCAUGCUACGGUGCAAGAUGCAAUUUCCCAGCUGGAUUCUGAGUUGAUGGAAAUUAGCAAGCUUUAUGGGGAAUUUGCCGACCCAUUCAAACUCUCUGAGUGCAAGCUGGCGAUUAUACAUUGUGCUGGUCAUUCAGACCCCAUCUUAGUGCAGACCCUGUGGCAAGAAAUAAUUGAAAAAGCACUGAGUGAUACUGUGACUCUGAGUGCUCCUGAUAGGAUGCAGGCUCUUAGCCUGAAGUUGGUAAUGCUUGGAAAAAUCUAUGCUGGGACACCUCGCUAUUUUCCUUUAGAUUUCUUAGUGCAGCAUCUAGAACAGCAAGUUUGCUCCCUGAACUGGGAUGUGGGAUUUGUAACUUAUACAAUGCAAGAAAUUGGUGUGCCAUUACCGAGGCUUCUUGAAGUAUAUGAUCAGCUAUUCAAAGCACGGGACCCAUACUGGAGCAAAAUGAAGAAGCCUUUGCACCUUUUGGAAUGUAUUCAUGUAUUAUUAUCAGGAUAUGUGCAAGACCCGAACAAAGUGCUUGCCUUUGAGAGACGGCGAUUCACAAAUAUUUGCUUGGAUGCUGUCAGCUGUUACCUUGUUGAACUGCAGUCCAUAAGUCCAACGCUAGCUGUUCAGACGAUCACAGGGAACUUUAAAUCUCUACAGGCUAAACUAGAGCGACUUCAUUGAAUACAGUGAUACUUAACUAUUUGCCCAAGUGAAUGAACUGUCAGUGCACUGGAAUCAGAAAAGGCAAAUGCUUAUAAAGAAACUUGAUAACAAUCCAGCUGCUGUUGGAAUUGAUGAUUGACUUAUAGUUCUGCGUUGUAUCUUCUUAACUACACAUAUCAGAAUGUACAAAUGGCAGGCUUUUUUGUUUUGUUUUUUACUACCAUUUUUUUUCUAACAGCAAGCCAAUUUUAUAUGCUUCGGAUUAAGGUGUCUUGUAUAAUCUUGCCCUGGCAAUUAAAAUUAUUUGUAAAAUGGU